AUGGAGACCUCAACUUCCAGGAUCGUUCUUGUUGUACCUAAACAGCAUGUCAAAACUGUAAAGUCUGCCCUCGAGCGGGCCGGACAGUUAGAUCGGAGCAGCAAAAUUAUCCCUGAGUUGGAUGACAGAAGGGCACCAGAGGCUGUCGUAGAUUCGUCUGAGCCGAGCCAAGGUGUUGAUUUAUCACAGUCAUCUCCACCUGAAGAAGACACCAAGGCAUCACCAGCAGAAGCCUUGCAGGCACCACCAAACCUUACACAGCAGUCACGCUUCCCGAGGCUCCACUUUGACGCGACCAGCGGCGAAUAUGUCGACCAGUCAUUCUUGGAAGACAGAGCUCAGCGCGAAAACCGAAGCGUUGGAAAUGAGACUUCGACCCUGGCGGCCGAGGCACCUAGUGAUCGCGACAGCCAUAACAGGUUUCCAACCCUGCAGUUUGAUGUGGUCAGAGGAGAAUAUGUUGAGCCUUCUACCAUGAAUGCGGACGCUGAUCAGGCUAGAGAGCCUGACCAGAAGCGCAUGCAUAUCCCCACGACCAUUCCGUGCCCUACGCAGAUAAAUGGCACAAACGAAAUCCUGGAUCUGGAGGGUUUGUUGUCCAAGAUAACAGAAGAUCUCGCACUGGGCGAAAUCUCCACAGACAUAUCCAUCUCACACCACGUCCCAAGCACGGCAGCAUCGCCGCGUGCGGCUCACCAAAAUCAUCUUCAUAAGGCUCUUGGGACCGCGCUCACCUUGCUUUUGGAUCGUACAUCUGAAUCGCACUCACUCACGGUCGAAGCACUUGUCACAGCCUUCCCAGACGGAUAUUCAGUAUACAAGCCCAUGCUUCUUCUUCCGCACAACGCAUUGUCCUCCUCACCAUGGCGAACUCUUAUCACCACUUACCCAGCCGACUCCGACAAGAUGAAACAAGUAUGGCGGGAUAUGGCAACAUCAGUGGGCGCAACACACGUCGCCAUCAACGCGCCAAUACCGAUAUCCACAUCUUCAACAUCAGCAUCACCAUCCACCACGACCAGCGAAGAGAACAUACUGCGCAGCCCAUCCAAUAUCACACCUCUGUACGGCAACUUCGGUCCUACACCGACACCGCAAACCAUCACCUCACCAUCAGCAACAGACUUCGCCGACGCCCUCUGGGUGACUGCGCGCCAAAACGGUAUUUGGCAAACCUGGGCGCCGCUUUACACGAUGUUCAGCCGUGGCAAUGUCAAUGAGAAAGCAAGGAUAUUGAAUCUCCCUUCGGUCAAUGAUCUGGAUGUUGCGUCAACAGCCGUCGAUCUUUACGCUGGAAUCGGCUACUUUGCCUUCUCGUACAAGAAGAGUGGAGACAGACGGAAUACAGGUAUCAAACAAGUCGCUUGUUGGGAGAUAAACCCAUGGAGUAUUGAGGGGCUACGAAGAGGCGCAGAGAUGAAUGGGUGGACGUGCCGGGUACUCAAAGGUGCAGACAUAGCGCGACUUCGUGAAAGUCCCGCAGUGGACGAUUCCUACUUCCACCAAGCGGAUCUUCUCGUCUUCCAGACAAGCAACGAGAGUGCUGAGCAGGACUACGCGUUACUUCCAUCGCCUAAGCCACCUGUUCGACACGUCAAUCUAGGCUUGCUGCCUUCGUCCAAGCUCUCCUGGGGUGUUGCGGUUGCGAUGCUUGAGAAGCAGCUUGGAGGAUGGAUCCAUGUGCAUGAGAAUGUGGGCGUCAACGAUGUCGAGACGAGGCGAAAGGUUGUAGAAGAGGAAUUCCUGAGUCUGGUGGACAAGAGGGACGCUGAGACGAGAAGGAAGGCUGUGGUGGAACAUGUGGAGAAAGUCAAGAUGUACGCACCUGGUGUGGUGCACUGUGUCUUUGAUGUUGUCAUUGGAGGCGAUAUCUGA